CCAUGGCAACAUACCAGGAGUUUAUACAACAGAAUGAGGAUAGAGAUGGUGUGAGGUUUAGCUGGAAUGUAUGGCCAUCAAGCCGUCUUGAGGCAACAAGGAUGGUUGUUCCUCUUGGAUCAUUAUAUACCCCUAUCAAAGAGAGGCCUGACUUGCCCCCUAUACAAUAUGAUCCAGUCAUGUGUACAAGACCAACUUGUAGAGCUAUAUUAAAUCCUUACUGCCAAGUUGAUUACAGAGCUAAAAUAUGGUCCUGCAACUUUUGUUUCCAAAGGAAUCCUUUCCCUCCUCAGUAUGCAGCAAUAACAGAACAACAUCAACCGGCCGAGAUCAUACCACAGUUCUCUACUAUAGAAUACACUAUCACUAGAGCAACAUGUGCACCACCAGUCUACCUGAUUGUAUUAGAUACCUGUAUGGAAGAUGAUGAUCUACAGGCUGUCAAGGAGUCACUUCAGAUGUCUCUUAGUUUGCUACCCCCAAAUGCUCUAAUUGGGCUCAUUACCUAUGGUAAAAUGGUUCAACUGCAUGAACUUGGCUGUGAGGGAUGUUCAAAAAGUUAUGUGUUCAGAGGAACUAAAGAUCUAACAGCAAAACAAAUACAGGACAUGUUAGGUAUUGGUAAAGGAGCAGCCCCAGCCCAAAACAGAAACCCACAACAACAGCAACAACUACCAUCAAACAGAUUUUUACAGCCAGUUCACAAGUGUGACUUCAGCUUGACAGACCUACUAGGAGAAUUACAGCGUGACCCAUGGCCUGUGGCUCAAGGCAAGAGACCACUGAGGUCUACAGGGGUGGCUCUCUCUAUUGCUGUAGGGCUGCUUGAGUGCACAUUUCCAAAUACUGGAGCAAGAAUAAUGUUGUUUAUGGGCGGAGCCUGUACUCAGGGUCCCGGUAUGGUGGUAGGAGAGGAGCUAAAAUUCCCAAUCAGAUCUCACCAUGACAUUGAGAAGGACAAUUGCAAAUACAUGAAGAAAGGCAUGAAGCAUUAUGAAGGUUUGGCUAAUAGGGCAGCUAGUAAUGGUCAUGUGAUUGAUAUAUUCUCCUGCGCCCUCGAUCAGACCGGUCUACAUGAGAUGAAAUUCUGCUCCAGAUAUACUGGUGGUCACAUGGUGAUGGGUGACUCCUUCAACACAUCACUGUUCAAACAAACUUUCCAAAGAGUGUUUUCAAAAGAUGCAAAAUCGGAGUUUAAAAUGGCAUUUGGAGCUACUGUAGAAGUGAAGACGUCUCGAGAGUUGAAGGUAUCAGGGGCAGUUGGACCUUGUGUAUCUCUUGGUGUGAAGAGUUCCUCAGUGUCGGAUACAGAAAUGGGACUUGGUGGAACAUGUCAGUGGAAGAUGUGUGGAUUAUACCCUAACUCAACUUUAGCUUUCUUCUUUGAAGUUGUUAACCAGCACAAUGCACCAAUACCUCAAGGAGGGAGAGGAUAUAUACAAUAUAUAACACAGUAUCAACACUCUAGUGGUCAAAGACGUGUCAGAGUUACAACAGUAGCAAGAAAUUGGGCAGACGCUGUUUCAAACAUACAGCAUAUCUCUGCUGGUUUUGAUCAGGAAGCUGCCGCUGUUCUUAUGGCAAGAACUGCCGUGUUUAGAGCAGAAACAGAUGACGGGCCUGAUGUUUUAAGAUGGCUUGAUAGAAUGUUGAUUCGUCUUUGUCAGAAGUUUGGAGAUUAUCAUAGAGAUGAUCCGAACUCAUUUAGAUUCUCGGAAAACUUCUCUCUAUACCCACAAUUUAUGUUUCAUUUACGACGGUCACAGUUUCUUCAAGUUUUUAACAAUAGUCCAGAUGAAACUUCAUAUUAUAGGCACAUGUUGAAUAUAGAGGACCUUACACAAAGUUUAAUUAUGAUACAGCCUAUAUUGUAUGCAUACUCAUUUAGUGGCACUCCUGAGCCUGUUUUAUUAGACACAAGUAGUAUACAACCUGACAGAAUUCUGUUGAUGGACACUUUCUUCCAGAUUGUUAUAUAUCAUGGAGAGACAAUAAGUCAGUGGCGUGCCCAGAAGUAUCAGGAACUACCGGAGUAUGAGAACUUUAAACAGUUACUGCAAGCACCUGUAGAUGAUGCUCAGGAAAUCCUGCAGACCAGGUUUCCUAUGCCAAGAUAUAUUGACACAGAGGCUGGUGGCUCACAGGCGAGAUUUUUGUUGUCCAGAGUGAAUCCAACACAGACCCAUAAUAACAUGUAUGCAUAUGGAGCUGGAGGAACAGGGGAUGCAAGCGCAGCUGUACUCACAGAUGAUGUCAGUCUACAAGUAUUUAUGGAACACUUGAAGAAGCUUGCUGUAUCGAGUUCGUCUUGAAGGUCCCAACAUCAUGUGACCUCUGAUGUCAUACAUGCAGACAAUGAGGCGGAGGACAAUGACGCUAUCACUAUCAUGUGAUACAGCCGCCAUGUGACUUUAUUGUUUGCUCUCUUGUUUUUUUAUUUCUGACAGUUUUAAUUGUAUCUAAGAGUGAUGAUAAAACCAUUAUAUCGUCACAAGAAUAGUGUGUUAUGUUUUAAUACAAAUAGUUCAAAUGCUGAUAUUAUUUCAUAUAUUGAUAAAAUUAUCAAUAAGAUAAUAUAUGUAAAUUUUGGUAAAUCGUUUGUCUUGUUGAAGUCUUUGGAGGAAUCAAAUACAUGUACAUGUAUAUGACAUGUGGUAGAUAAUAUAGAGUUGUUUCCCCUUUUAUAUAGCAAUGAUUAAAGAAUCAUAUAGAAAUGUUCAGAUUUCAUUAUUAUAAUAAUUUACCGAAAUGUACACAGUUUAUUCUGAAGUAUUAAUCUGAAAAAGUAAAUAAAAAAUUAAUUUCAAUUUCCUAAACAUUAUAUAAAGGUUUUAGAUAUUGUUUAAAUUAAGGAAAGAUGGUUUACAGAAAAUGUAUCACAUACUCAAUAGAGCAGUUUUAUUUUUCUGGUAACUUAAACAUUGCAUAACAUUGAUUAAAAGACAACUGUUUUCUUGGAAAAUUUAAUUUAUGGUUAAUUUUUCUAUUUUCUUACUGAAGUUAACAUAACAAAAUUGAAUGGAUUUUCAGAUAACAAUGUAUAUAGUUAUGCUAAUGUAAAUGAAAGUAAAGUAGGGAUUUUUUCAUCUCUAAGAAGCCUAAUUAAAAACUUUUAUUAACUAUACAUCUUAUCAUUCAAGUUAUGUAAAUUUUCUGUUUCAAUUUUUCUUGGAAUGACAUCGAGGCCAUAUGAUGGCAAAAUUUGGUUAAAAAUUAAAUGUUUUGUUUUAUAAACUUAAUAUUCUAUGCAUGUUUUGAUACAGUAUAUCUUUAUGCAUGUUCAUUCAACAUUAUAUGACAUAUUUCCCUUUGAUAAUUACCAUUACCUAUACAUGUGGUUGACUGUAGUUUGACCGAGCAGAGAUGUUAUUUAACUUAUUUCUGAGUCUCAGAUCUUGGGAUUUUCAUUGGUCAGUGUACAUUCUGUUUUAGAUUAUGACCAAUCAGACACCAGAGAUCUCAGUGAGCAAAUAAGAUUUCUUUAUAACCUGGGGAACAUGAAAGUAAAAUUCUUGGAUCUUGCAUAAAUACUACCUGAAGGGCAGUUAAUCCUAAACUUAAUGUUUAAUGUAUUCUUAUUGAGAAGGUAUAAAAAAAAACAUUAGAAGCAAAUGUGCCAUAUGACAUUUUCUGGAAGUAAUUAAAAAUACUGAGGAAUAUGUGACUGUCAGACUGUCAUUACAAUUUAGUUGGCAAUUACGUGUAAAUUUUAGCAUUCAUUGCGAUUCAGCUAAGUUUGAAAUGUUUUAUAAUUUUCUGAUCAUUCAUUUUAUAUAUAAGAAUGUUGAAUGGACAUGUAUUGAUUACAUUUUACCACUUAUGGUUUCUGUAAAUUUUUAUUUUUCAAAAUGUUAAAUUACAUAAUAUAUACUCAUUCACUAAAACUUAAGUGCUACCCUUUGUUAAACAGUGGAACUGAACUAGUUUUCAAAAUCACUUUUGUUGAUGUUAUAUAAAAUGAAUUUGUCAUUUCAAAUACUUAAAACUAUUUGUUGUAAUUCAUUGUUUGAUAAUUUGUGCAACCAUUUCAUCAUAAUCUACAAAAUAAAGAACAAAAUUGUGCUAUGUGAAUUUCAGUGUAAAAGUGGUAAAAAGGCAAGAAUUCACAUCUGUACUGAGCUGUUUAUGAUUGACGGAAAUCACUGUACUAUUUCUAUGUAUUUAUCGAUGACUCAUGGAACUUUAUUUCUUGUUAAAGACCACGCUGAUCAUUCUGAUUUCAUUUCAUUUUUUAGCUUUCAAGAUGCUUGACUUAUAUAUGCAAGGAUUCUCUGCUAUAUAAAUAUUAACUUAAAUCAUUCUUUUAAAUAAAUUAAUUUCUGGCAUUAAAAUUGAUUUUAAAUUCAA